UCGAAACUUCCAUAAUCUCGAAUGGAACACUAUCUUCCGCAUAUGGUUGACGUUAUUUGCAUCUGAGCAGAGAGGUUUCUCUCUGAUUUGAGUAUUGGACGCUAUUAUUAUAAGCUUUCUUCAGCUGCAUCUUAAAAAUCAGUGAAUACAUACAGUAUAUAACAUCAUACGCAUUUAUAUUAUAAUUAUUUUAUGAUUACAAUAUGGCUCAAAUAGGAAAUGUGACAGCAGAUCAACUAAUUGCUGGCUCCAGCAUAUUAUCAAGACCCGCUGAAGAAUUCGGCAAUGAUCCAUCCGUGGAAGUAAUGUGGGCAAAGAAAGCUAUGGAACAUGCAGAGGUUUAUUUUAAUAUUUUGUGCUCAGUCGACCCGAAAUUUUUAAAACUCACGCCACAUGAUGAGGAAAUUUAUAAAGUAUUCAGAGAGAAUUUUCCCAAUAUGAAAAUUGAUAAGAUAAAUGAAGAUGAGCUCAAGUCUCUAACAGAAAAGGCAAAAUGGAGACCCUUUUGCGAACAAUUUAAAGAUCUUGUGGAAGAUUAUAGUUUUGGCACAUUAUUAAGAGCAGAUUGCACAGAAAAUUAUACAGAAGAAAACAGUAUAUUGACAACUCGAAUUCAAUUUUAUGCUAUAGAACUUGCAAGAAAUAGAGAAGGCUUUAAUGAUGGUGUGCGCAAGAAAUUCAAACCAAGUAGAGUUUAAUAUUGAAUACAAUUAGUUUUGUUAGUUACUAAAAUUCGGAUAUAGUGUGACACAAGAAACAUGAUGGUCCUAUUCUCUUGUGCCAAAUUAAAUUUGUAAGUGUAAAUUUAUCAUAGUAGAUUUAAUAUAAUAGAUUUUAUAAUGA